GCUAUCUCAGUUCCUAUCCAGUAGUGCACGCGACAUGUCGCCGGUCGCGCUGGUCGUCGGCGCCGCAAGCACCCUCGGCUACCAGGUGCUCAGGAAACUCACAGAUGUAUACCCAGGCAGGAUCUACUUCACCGCAGAAGACGACACUACUGGAUUCAACAUCCUGGAUAAUCUAAAGAGAGAUGGCGUCGACAUCGUCUACCGGCAAAUGGACGUGACAGAUACCGCGAGCAUUGUGAAGCUGCGACACCACAUACAGGACAACGAUGAGAGAAUAGAUCUGAUCAUCAACAACACAGACUAUGUGGCCAGAGAAAAGAAGCUGCCGAACGCGGAGCGAGUGAGACGAACCCUGAAUGUCAACUUUUACGGAAACAUCAAUUUUGGAAAUCUCGUGUUUCCCCUACUAGCAGAAAACGCGAGAGUUGUCAACGUGUCUGGACCUGCCGGUCUUUUAGCGACCAUACACAAUGAACAUAUCAGAAAGAAGAUAAGUGAUCCUACGCUAACAGAAGAUGAACUUGUGGGGUUAUUGAUGGAAUACGAAGCAGCGGCUAAGAAGGGGAUAGAGAAGACAGACGGCUGGGGCGUCAGCGUGCAGGCAGUCAGCAAGGUGGCGCUAAACGCACUGACAUUCCUCCAGCACAGGACAUGGUCUGAUAAAGGUGUAGUCAUAAACUGUGUGAACCCUGGCAACCUUCAGACGAAGGAUGGGAGGAAAACAUCUAAAGUUUUCGAGGAAGGCGCUAAAGCGAUACUGUAUUUAGCGCUAGAAGCGCCGUUGUCACUCAAAGGUAACUUUGUGUGGAGCAAUUAUUCGGUGGUGGAGUGGAAUAGUGAUCCGUUUAUUGAAGUCUCCACGGUUUAAACAAUUAAUAAAUACUUUAAGCAUUUGCGAAUACACAUACGGGUUAUAAAGUAGGCAAUGAGACAAUAGUUUUCAGUCAUAUUUUGUCAUUAACAUUGAAUUUUUUAUGGUUUCUUAUCUGAAUACCACAUGUAUGUACACCUGUGAUAGCAAUCUUAUCUGUACAUUAGAUUUUCCAUAGACGUUAGUGCUACCACUACACUAACAUUUUGUAUUAUACUCACUAGUAUAUAAUAUUAUUAUCAGCCAGGACUCGAGAUAAAUGACUGUCGCUGUGUAAACAUCAAUUUAGGUUUUUAAGAUAAUUAGGCUGUAGCCUAAACAGCUGUGCUGAAUUAAAAGGCUGUGUACUAAUUUAUUUCACCGUCAAUUUAUUUUAAGUUUUUCUUAGAAUUAGCGUUAGCAAGGUGACUUUGAUGUUCUUUGUAUGGAGAGGUCGAAAUACUAGAAAUACCUACCUUCUUUAAGGUGCGAGUUGGUAGCGGGCGACAUGAAGCUGUAGCAGAUCACACGUCGCAACGACACUGGUUCCUAUAUAAUUGCAUGGGAUAGAUUACGAACCCAGCAACAUGAAGCUAGCGACGCGUCGUCGAGAAGCAGACGUCACAAAAAAUCAGUAGCGCCGUUGACGCUGAACCAAGUCGUUCAACUAACUAGAUUCUAUCUGCUGCUGUCUGCAGUUGGUUCGUAUGACUGCAGCGAUAUGACGCGACGUGUCGUUUGUCGCCCGCCGCCAACUGGUAGCUUUAGGCGCACUUGUUUCUUCAGCAAAUGGACUAUAAAUCUGAGAGCCCUCGACCUCGUCUGGGCCCGCACUAACUCGAACAUUCGGUGAGACGCGACAUUCCAAUCCUUACUUUAACUUGUGAUAACUAGGGUUGGAAUUCCUUUUGAUAGCUACAGUGUUAAUGAUAGGCAAUUUGAGGAGCGGUCAAAACAGACCAUGUAUUGUAGUAAACAAAGUGUACAUGGUGCAAUUUUGUUAGUAAAUAGACAUUAUGUAAUUCACACACUGAGCAACAUGUGGAGAAAUAAAAAGAUGUUUAUUUUUC